AUGACUAAAGACUUUAUUUACAUUGCUGAAGCCGAACGCCCAACUGCUAUUGCAACAAUAGAAGCAUUAGUAAACACAGGUCCAGCGCACUCGAAUAGACGUCUGCAUAUUACAGCGGCAGUCACCUCAAAGGCUACGGCGGAGACGUGCGCAAAACUUGGUUCCCUGGGAUGUAAUGUGGUGAGGUUUGACGAAACAGUUCCCGCGCGAAUUUCUCUCGGAGAAGUACACAAAAUGAUGAUUGUGCUCUCUCCGGAACGUCUUGAUGCUGGUGUCGCUUAUAUUGAAGCGGCGAAACGCGCCAAUGUUCCUUUUGUGUUGUUGGAAUCGGUGUUAUUAGCCGACGAACGACAAGAUCACGUGGGAAAACAAUUUGCAGAAGCUGAGAAAAGACUUCAAGCUUUAUUUGGUAAAAAGGAAUGUGAACCACAACAUGAAAAACAUCAGGAACCUGGUAAUAUCAAAGCAAGAGAUAAUAUUUCGCCGGAAGAAUGUAUUGAUGAAUUGAGAAAACAUCAUCAUCAUUCGCAUUGGUCCGUUUUACGUAUUGGUAUCUAUGAUCACUAUUUGUUGGCAUUCAAAGAUUGUAUUCGUAAGGGUAUUUUGGAUUUGCCAGUUGGUAAUGGAAAGUUUGCUCCUGUCGCUGUAGAAGAUGUCGGCAAAGCAGCAGCUCACAUCCUUGAUAAAUCCGAAAAUUAUAGUGAACGCAUUUACAACAUUACCGGACCAGAGCUCCUAUCCGGUGAAGCUCUCACCAAAGGACUAACCGAUAUUCUUCAUCACCAGCUCACCUACCAGCCAACAAAAGACAAAAAUCACAUCGAAGAACAUCUUACAAAGAAUAUCACGUCGGUGAUUGAACAAACUAACGUCAUCGGAUUGUAUGAACUGGUCAAACAAGGCAAGAUGGAGAUUGUUAGUCCACACUUUACCGAAAUUGAGGCUUUUAGGUCGAAAACUCCUGAGCAAUUCUUUUUGGAACAUAAGGAAGAAUUGAUUGAAAAUGAUAACUAUAACUACUACAAUCAUUCAUACCAUCCAAACGGGUGCGGAUACACCAUUAUUUGGGUGGAGAAUGAAGAUGUGGCUGUUUAUAUUCAUGGAGAGAUGCAAAGAGAAAUGAUGAUGAAUUUUGCUACCAAUUAUAAUAGUAAUCAUAAUAGCGGUAACAACGUAACGAGCUCAAACAAUAAAAAGAAGAAACGAGGAGAUCUAGUCAGGAAAUUGAAAAGUACUUUUUCCUCAAGGCAAUCCAUUUACGAACGCGAAGCGAAUCUUCAUAAAGACAUGGAUUUCUGGUGUCGUGGAUUCUUUGCGGUAACACAUGGAAAACAAGUACAUGUUUGGAGUUCACCUGGAUUUAAUCGUGAAUUCGCACCAUUUGUUUUGCAUCGUAAAUAUACUGGGCAUUAUGAUGACGUUACUUCUAUUACAUGGUCUCCGGAUGGCCAAUAUUUUUUGACAACUUCAAAAGACAUGACCGCGAAAAUUUUUUCACUUGAUCAUAUUGGUGGAUUCAUACCAAUAACAUUAAGUGGUCAUCGUGAUACAGUAAUCGCACAAGAAGAUAAUUUAACCAAAAAAAAGAAAAAGAAGCGUUGGCUUAAUAUUAUUGAAAGAUAUUACUUUAAUCAGGAUGGUGCAAAAGUCGUGUGCAGUUUUUAUCAUUUAGAGUCGAAGCUUUUGGUGGUUGGAUUUUCAUCUGGAAUUUUUGGUAUUUGGGAGAUGCCAGAAUUUAAUAAUAUACAUACAUUGAGUAUUUCACAGAAAAAGAUCAAUUCCGUGACAAUAAAUUCAACGGGUGAAUGGCUUGCAUUUGGUUCUUCGAAACUUGGUCAAUUAUUAGUAUGGGAAUGGCAAUCAGAAUCAUAUGUUCUUAAACAACAAGGUCACUUUUAUGACAUGAAUUCCAUUGCAUAUUCAUCCGAUGGGCAAUAUAUCGCUACAGGAGGCGAUGAUUCAAAAGUAAAAGUAUGGAACACGACUACCGGAUUUUGUUUUGUAACAUUUUCUGAGCAUAGCUCAGGCAUAUCAGUGGUAGAAUUUGCAAAACAGGGUCAAGUAUUAUUCUCGGCUUCAUUAGACGGCACAGUGCGUGCAUUCGAUUUAAUACGAUACAGAAAUUUCCGUACUUUUACUUCACCAACACCUGUACAAUUCACAGCACUAGCUGUUGAUCCCAGUGGAGAAAUAGUAUGUGCGGGGUCAAUGAAUACAUUUGAAAUUUUCGUGUGGUCGGUGCAAACAGGGAAAUUAUUGGAUAUUUUAUCAGGGCAUGAAGGAUCGAUUUCUAGUCUGGCAUUUAGUCCAACUGGGAUACUUUUGGCUUCAGGAUCGUGGGAUUGUACAGUGCGUACUUGGGAUGUCUUUGGUCGUGGAAGUCAUGUUGAAGUAUUUCGUCAUAGUCAUGAUGUAUUGGCGAUUGCUUUCCGACCUGAUGGUAAAGAAUUGGCUGUUACCACUUUAGACGGAUUAAUCUCUUUUUGGGACGUUGAACAUGGCACUCAAACGCACGAAAUUGAGGGUCGUAAAGAUAUUUCAGGUGGUAGAAAAGAAACUGAUCGUCAAACAGCCGCAAAUUCAUCGUCCGGAAAAUCAUUUAAUAGUGUAUGCUAUACCGCGGACGGGUCAGGUAUCAUUGCGGGAGGAAAUAGCAAACAUGUUUGCAUAUACGAUGUAAAGACUUCAAUACUUUUAAAGAAAUUUGAGAUUUCGCGUAAUCUGUCGUUAGACGGUGUACGUGAGUUUCUCAAUAGUAAACGAAUGACUGAAGCUGGACCGAUUGGACUAUUUGACGACACUGGAGAUCUGAGCGAUUUAGAAGAUCGAAUGGACAAUAGCUUACCUGGGACACAAAAAGGAGACUUAUCCGUACGGAAAACAAAUCCUGUAAUCCGAACUAAAUCUGUCAAGUUCUCCCCGACUGGUCGAUCAUGGGCCGCCGCCUCUACUGAAGGUUUAAUAAUUUAUUCGUUAGACGAAACAUUACUAUUUGACCCAUUUGAAUUAGAAAUCGAUAUUACACCAGUUUCCGUACUUGAAAUGUCUCACCAAAAAGAAUAUCUGAAAGGUUUAGUGAUGGCUUUUCGGCUAAAUGAAACCUAUAUAAUAAAUCAAGUCUACGAAGCAGUACCACCAUCUGAGAUCGGAUUGAUCGUGAAAGAAUUGCCGGAUCGAUAUAUUGAACGACUACUCAAAUUUAUUGUUAUUCAAAUGGAACAACAAUCACCACAUAUAGAGUUCCACAUGUUAUGGAUUAUGCGGUUGUUCAUGGCUCAUGCAAAAUGGAUUAGACAGGAAAGUCGCGGUCAACUAGCUGCUGUAUUGAGAGGAUUGCAGAAAGUUGUUGCUCAGGCUAAAGAAGAUUUAGGAAAAGUAUGCGAUGACAAUACAUAUAUGCUGAAAUAUCUUAUAUCGGAAUGUAAAAAACAAGAACACAUGGUUGAACACCAAGAGAUAAAAGAAAUGUUAACAGACCAAUAA